UAGGGGAAAAAUAGUACGUACUACGCUGAAAUACCCGUUUUUUUUUUCGGGUCCCGAUCCUGUUGAGAUUCUGUUAUUGGAUUCGACGGAAGAGGUUGUCAAUUCCAUUCCACGGUUGAGAUUCACUUAAUUAGGCGCCUUCGACGACGGUAGCCAAGUAGCGCAGCAACGGGUAACUCGAGGGAAUGGAACACGAGCAUCUGGAUGAAGCACAAAGAAAUCAAUCCGUGGAUCUAGAAACCGUAGUCGUGGAAUUGGAUUCCGAUCCUCCGUCGACCUCUCACGAUCCUGUUCGAUCGAGGCCCCCCAUCAACCAAAGCGAGCUCUUUAAAGCUCUGGAGGUAGUGGAGAGGGACACAACGGCCAUUGCCGAGAGCUUCACUUCUCUCUUUGCUUCCCUCCGCCUUGCUCUAUCUGAGGCUACUGGCAGCUCAGUUGAUCAUAUGCAAUGCUUUGGUGAUGCUGCUGGUCGUCUUCAAGAAUCUGUGCUUGAUGCAGCUACGAAAGGGAAUCGUUACAUUAAUUCAUGCCUCAGACUAAAUGAGGAGAUGAAAGGAGUCGACACUAUGGCCACACAGCUAAAAAUCCUCAGAAGACAUGUGGAUGCUCUAGAUGUAGCUGUCGACAAGAUCCUUCGUCUUCCAUGACAUGAAGUAAGUUAACAGUUUUCUCAGUUGGCAAAGCACUUGUUUUAUUGGUUUUGGCUGGGCACCUGCAAAGCACAUUUUGUCAUAAAAGAGGGUUUCUUCUAGCUUUCCAUUCCAGCAGAAGAAAUAGUUUUUUCAGCUUACUUAGGACUGAUGUAUGGUUUCAUUAACUAUGCAUAUUAAUAUAGUCGAUUCACACAAUCUUUUCCUUAA